AUGGAACAACUAUGCGAGGAAGAACAAGAAGAGCCAGAACCGCAGAAGAAUGUCAAAGAAACCAAACAAGUGAAUGAUGAUGAUGCUGAAUUGAUACUUGUUGGCGUGGAGCAUGUCAAUGAAGAUUCUGAGCUGAUCUUUGUUGGUGUGACUUCACACUCAAAACCAGUUGUUUCCACUAUUUUGAAUAGAGCCACCCCAGGUUCAUAUUCAAGGAGGAAAAAGUAUGGUCGCCACAAACAAGAUCCUGCUUGCAGUACCUUGCAGCCUACAAGACAUACGACCUCUCCAUCAAAAAUGGUGGCUGUCUCACCAGCGUCUUCUUCGGAAUCAAGAUCAACAGACAGUCCUAUAAUUAUUGAGCCUUUGUCUCAUCCUGAAUAUGAAAACAACUCAAUACCAGUCCAGCCUAAUAGCUCUUCAGAGGUGCACUCUCCAUUGAUUACGUUCACAAGUUCAUUGCAGCAUCCAGGAGGAACAGCACUUUCUUUUGGAGGUGUAAAGGAAGGACCACGUAUACCAAAGCAACUUUCAACUUUUGAAGUAAACAGCAUAAAUCCCACGAGGCCUAAACUCAGUGAUGGAAUCCCACAGGGACAUUUUUCGGCUUUACCAGCCUCAGAUGUCUCUCCUGCAAAGAACAUCCAACAAAAUACACCCUCAAUAGGUCUUAAUACCUCAGUAAGCCAUGCUCUGCAUGGAACACCUUUUCUAACAACUUUUCCAAAGGACAAGCUCCAUUUUAAACCUAUAAAUCCAGAUAGCGGAAAUGGGGGAAUGGCCAAAACAGACUUUUCAAGACUAGCAAGUCCAAACAAGACUUUUGAUUCCCAGGAAGGAAGUGUGACCGUGUUACUUCAUGACUUCUAUUAUGGGCAACAUGAAGGAAAUGGGCAGCCAGAACAGAAGACUCACACAAACUUUAAAUGUUUCAGCUGCCUGAAAGUUCUUAAGAAUGUGAAGUUUAUGAAUCACGUGAAGCAGCACUUGGAACUCGAGAAGCAGAUGGGUGAUAGCUGGGACAGCCACACCACCUGUCACUAUUGUUACCGGCUAUUUCCCACUCCCAUCCAAUUACAACGCCACAUUGAAGGUGUGCACAUCACGCAGGAAUUCUCCACUGUUUGUAAAAUCUGCGAGUUGUCAUUUGAAACAGACCAGGUUCUCCUACAGCACAUGAAGGACAUGCACAAGCCUGGUGAAAUGCCCUACGUAUGCCGUGUUUGCAAUUACAGGUCUUCAGCCUUCACUGAAGUGGAAACCCACUUCAAAACCUGCCAUGAAAACACUAAGAAUUUGCUUUGUCCGUUUUGCCUCAGAAUUUUUAAGGCUGCAACACCAUACAUGUGCCAUUUUAAAGGGCACAGGGAAAAGAGUGCUCACUCAUGUUCCAAAUGCCGACUGCAGUUUUUAACUUUCAAGGAGAAAAUGGAGCACAAGACCCAGUAUCAUCAAAUGUUUAAGAGGCCUAAACAACUAGAAGGAUUACCUCCUGAAACAAAAGUUGUUAUUCAAGUGUCUCUGGGACCUCCCCAGCCAGGAUCAGUGAAAGUGGCAUCCAUUACUGUGAACACGUCUGACUCUGAACCAUCACUCCUGUGUCUAAAAGAAUUGCCAAAAAAAGCUACUCACUCUAGUUCUUUGAAAUCUAAAAUGUUUCAGUCCAAGUCAAAAGUCUCCCCACCCUCUCCCAAAAAAUGUAAACUACACAUUUGUCAGUAG